UCGAGCGUAAUACCCGCGACAACACAGUCAUCGCCAGCUGUUAAGCCAGCCAGACAGUGUGUACAUUCCCGCGGAAGUGCUGGCAAAGCGUACUUAAAGGGGGUCCGGUUGGAGUGAAAUCUUCACGAGUGAGAUAAAGAAAGAUCCGGAUCUCGGUCACCCGUGAUUAAGACGGGUCCGGUUGCUAACCGCACGGUACGAUUUGCUCACACCACGAGCUCGCCGUGGAACCGCUCGAGUGUCAACCGAUUAAUUUGCUAGCCAUUUCCGUGGGGAAGCUCCGUGGUGUGUCUGCUCGCGGACGCCACGCAACGGAAACCGGGCCGAGUAAUCGAAACCGCUUCGCACCAAACGCAGCCAGUUCCACCAAACGGUGCCCUGCGGCUGGUGGUGACUGAUUGAACGCCUGUGAAACGCGCCCUGUACGCUAUCUGCAGCCCAGCCGGCAAGGUCUAACCAGAAGGCGACGGCAACGAGCAAACAAGGCACUGAUCUGAUAAAAUCUAAUUGCUUUACUUUGUUUGUUUGUCACACCACGAGAUCUGCAAGCGAUCUCGCAUUUCGGACGCGCGGUCUCCGUUUGCGUGCGUGUGUUUUAAUAUUUCUUUCGAUAAAACCGUUUGGGUUCUCCCGAGAGCGGCACGGGACAGCUUCAUCAGACCAUCAGCUUGGAGGACACCGCUGUGAUCUAAUCAGUGCCGGGAGUAUCUAGUUCUGUGACGUGUUCUAACCUAACAAAAAAAAACAAAUCAAGCAAACAAACAAACCAUUACUAAACACUGCCAGCGGCACUGUCCAUGCCGAUCGUUUGCAGACAAGGCCGUCAUAAACGCAAUUUUGGUGAACCAGAUCGAGGAGUGUUAUUAACGCACCCACGAUGAGUAAAGCGGGCUGGGUUGCUUUGGUGACCGUCCUACUGUCAUCAUGUGUCAUUGGCAACGUGCAAACCUUCGAUCAGGAGUCCCGGAAACGGCCACACAUCGUCUUUAUCAUGGUUGACGAUAUGGGUUGGAACGACGUAGGGUUUCACGGCACGAACCAGAUAGUGACGCCCAACAUUGACGCCCUGGCGUACGAUGGUAUCAUCCUUAACCGGCACUACUCUGCGCCGAUGUGUACGCCCUCACGGGCGGCCCUGAUGACGGGCAGGAACCCGAUCAACAUUGGCAUGCAGCACUACGUGAUCGAUAGCGAUGAACCGUGGGGUCUCGGGCUGGACCAGCGUAUUAUGCCCGAGUACUUCCGCGAGGCCGGCUACGGUACGCACCUGAUCGGCAAGUGGCACCUUGGGUUCUUCGCUGAGCAGUACAUCCCUACCAGCAGGGGGUUCGAUACCCAUGUUGGGUACCUUGGCCCGUACGUCGACUACUGGAGCUACGUGUCUAAGAUGAAUAGCGGCACGUUUGAGGGCUACGACAUGCGUCAAAAUCGGUUCGUCAAUUACGCGGCCAACGGGACGUACGCGACGGAUUACUUCACUAUGGUCGCUAAGGACAUCAUCGGACAGCAUGGCAAGAGCGGUGAACCGAUGUUGCUCGUACUGAAUCACCUCGCACCACACGCAGCCAACGACGACGAUCCGCUGCAGGCGCCCCAGGAAACGAUCGAUCGUUUUGCGUACAUCCGAAAUGAUGAUCGUCGCAAAUAUGCCGCAAUAAUGUCAAAGCUGGACGAUAGUGUUGGAGCCGUUUAUGACAGCUUGAAAGCCAACCACAUGCUCGAUAAUUCGAUCAUCGUUUUCCUGAGCGAUAAUGGAGGAGUCACCAGGGGCAUGCAUAGUAAUACGGGAUCUAACUAUCCUCUGCGAGGGCAAAAACAUUCUCCCUGGGAAGGUGCCGUACGCACGGCCGCACUCAUCUGGAGCCCGCUGUUAAAAGACACGCAGCGUGUCUCGAAUCAGUGGUUCCACAUAUCCGAUUGGCUACCAACCCUGGCAUCAGCCGCGGGUAUUACGGUUGGCAACAGUUCCUUCAGCGAUAUCGAUGGCAUAGACCAGUGGGAAGCGCUUGCGUACGGCACUGGCAAUCCUCGCCAGAAGCUGAUGAACAAUUUAGACGAAAUAUUUGGCUACACUAGCUACAUGGAAAAUGGUUUCAAAUACGUCAACGGUACCACACUCAACGGGGCUAACGAUCAGUGGUACGGUCAGGCAGACCCGUUGGAUACUCUACCGGGAGACGAUCAGUACCUCAGCGCCGUAAUGUCAACCGGCAUCGCACGCGCUGCCAAUCUGGACGAGAAAGUGAUCUCCUAUCUACGUCGCCACGCCAAAGUGGAUUGUGGGAACGAAAUCACGAGCAAGGAGUGUAACCCGUUGGUGAAACCUUGCCUGUUUGAUAUCAUCAACGAUCCCUGCGAAAUGCACGACAUUUCCGGAGAAUAUCCGAGGAAAAUGCGACAAAUACGGGACCAUGUCGAAUAUUACCGGCUGCGAUCGAUUAGGCCGCGCAACAGACCACACGACCCGGAAGCGAACCCAACAAAGUUUGGCGGCGUUUGGACAUGGUGGCGUACGGAUCCUACCAGACAGGGCAAGCAGGACCACGAAAUACCGCCACCGUCUCACUCACUGUCGAAGGACACUCAGCUCUUUGAAAAAGCAGGAUGCUGCGAAUAUGCCGAGCGAGAUUCCUACGGAUGCGUCUGCGGAUGGUAAAUCUACGGUUGAUGCUGCAUUUACCUCAAAUAUAUACGUUAUAAGCGAUAGGGAUAUGGACAGGUAACGAAGUAAUUGGUUUCUUUUAUUGGUUUUUUUAUUCCCAUGGUAUUCUUAAGUCCUUCUUAAGUCCUCCAAUCGCUUCUGGUACUUGCAUGGGUUAACUAGCAUUUUGAACUCGCGAACCACACGUCCUCAAAAUAGCACUCUACGGUUAACAUGGUGGGGUUCACUAAAUUAUUUUACAUAACCAAAGAGAGUCAACGUGUUAUUACGGUAGGUUAUUUGGGGCUAAUAACAACUCUGGUAGAUAUAAAAGUACUUACUUACAAAAGGUAAAUAGUUUCAUCGAAUCAACCGAAAAAGGGAUAUGUACGUUUUUGGCAUUCCUGAUACAUGUAGAUUUUGGGCGCUUAUUUGCUUGAAAUGGAUGAUCCAUUUGUUUUACGAUAUUUUACAGAACACCCCAUCAAUAUCUCAUAUACGAUGAUGGCUACAUUAAUGAAUCCUGUACGAAACGAAAAGAACGAAGUCACUACUUCAAAGUGUUUUAAAAUUCCACUCCA